AUGUGCUCCAGAAAUUGGAAGAAGAUCAAAGUUGUUGGUUCAGGUGCUUAUGGAACCGUUCACCUGGCCAUACCUCUAAACCUUCGCCUUUCUUCCAAAACCAUCGCCGUGAAAUCUUCCACGCUCGAAGACUCCGAGUCUCUUCAAAAAGAACAAAGGAUUUUGGAACACUUUUCGAAUUGCUCUGAGAUCCUUCAAUGCUACGGCAACGAAUUGACAAUCGAAAACGGCCAAAGGGUUUACAAUUUGCUACUUGAAUACGCCAAUGGCGGUGACCUAAUGGACUUGAUCGAAUCCCGACAAGGUAGAUUACCUGAAUGCGAGGUUCAAAUUUACACCAGGAUGAUAUUGAAAGGUCUUCUUCGCAUUCAUGAACAUGGAUACGUUCAUUGCGAUCUUAAGCCGGAAAACAUCCUCGUAUUUAGGUCUGAUUUCGGCGUGCAGCUUAAGAUUUCCGAUUUCGGAUUGUCCAAAGAACCUGGGAAAGAAGAUGAUUUCUUUGUGAAUUCUAGUAGUGAGUUUAGGUUCCGUGGAACUCCACCUUAUAUGUCGCCGGAAUCGGUUGCUUUCGGUGAGAUAAUCGAAGCGCCGUUGGAUAUUUGGUCGCUUGGUUGCAUAGUGAUUGGGAUGAUUAGUGGAGAGUUCGCAUGGCCAAGCUUGGACAACAAGGAUUUGGUUCGUUGGCUUGCUUUUAGCAAUAAAGAGCCUGAAUUGCCACGUAAUAUGUCUGCCAAAGGGAAAAAUUUCUUGAGGAAGUGCUUCAUAAGAAAUCCUAGAGAAAGAUGGACGGCUGAGAUGUUGUUGGAUCAUCCAUUCGUUGCUGAAAUUGAAGAUCACCCACUUAAGUUGGAAUCCAUCCCUUCUUGCUCACAUUCAAAAAACUUUUGCAAUCUUUCUCUUCAUCAAGUUUCAAGGCCCGGCCAAUGUGGAUUUAUGUAAAAGAUUCAUGAA